AUGUUGUUCCGCUUGUUUGAUCAAAAGACCAAAGAGCAACAGCAACGACCAAAGAAUGAGGCGCGUAAACGCUGGAGCUUUCCUUUGAAACGACAAAGUUACGCAAAUGGACCCGCUGAGAGGCGUGUCUCGAUGGACCAGGAUUUGGAACAGCAAGAGCCACCACCACCACCGCUGCCUGUUCCAAAGAUCGUGCUACAAACAGCGACUCCGGCCUCUCUCUCUAUGCAUCAUGUUGACUCUAAACAAGAAACCCAAGAGCCAUCCAUAUCGGCUCACACGCUUGCUCUGGAUGAAGCGGCACAGACAGUAGAAAAUGACAUGCCAAACCCACACACCGCUACGCCUUCCGCCGCCAACGGAGUUCAUGCUUCAUCACAGGAUGUAGGUGCAUUGGAGAAUCUUCCAGAUACCAAAGAGUUUUCCAACAGCACUGCUUCAGCUUCCGUUGCUAAUGAGCCUAUUCUCAUGUUUCCUUCUGAGGAACUCGGUUCCACAGGCAUGGCGCCCAAUGGCACGCCGGCAGCCCAAGAAGACGUGCGCACUCUCUGUGCGUUAUUCCAACAGCAUUGUCAGACCUUGUCAUAUCUCAGACAAGUGGUGUUGGGUGAACAGCAGUAUGUCUACUCAGUCAAAUUCAGUAUCAGUGACUUUCAGACAAACGUGCCCUUGCAAGCAUUGAACACAUGGAGCGCGAAUAGUGCUAAAGUCUGCAAAGCACUCGAGAAGACGAAACAAGUGACUUGGCCGCAUGAAGUGCUCGAGAUUUUGACGGACAUCGUCGAAGAAGUUAGCACAUCUUCAGGAACCGACGUCACUGCCUCAACGGGCCAAGAGCUGAAUAUUGUUGAAUGUCUCUGCUCCUUGCUCGAUUCGUUGAGUGAAGUAUAUGCAAAGCUCCUUUUGUGGCUUGACAGAGACUCGCUCAUGAAUCUAACGGGCCAAAGUCGUGUAACUCCCGUGGUCCCAUCAUGCGAGCUGCUUGAUAUUCUGGAGAAAAAUGAUCGGAAACUCAAGAAAUUUAUCAAGUGCGUAGCCAAGGAUUUAUCGUACGUGGCCCGCUGUGUAUGUCAGCACGAGGUGAAUGAAUGGGACAAGAUCCUGUGUGAUCAGAAUCUUGACUGGGAAAACUUGUCAAUUCGAUUGCAAACACUUCCCGAGCAGCAGCAGCAUCAUGCACUGAAAAAACGUGCGGAAAAUGUUCACACGCCCAAUAAGGAGCCCAGUGAACAUGUUGUGCCUAGUCCUUCUGAUGUCCCUACGCCAGAUACAGAAAUCUGCGAACAGCGUCAGGUAACGAGCAUUAAGAGGCGCAAUGUUCUCAGCCGUAUUAUCCGCGGUAAGGAACCAACUCGCCAGUCCUUCCUAAAGGACAUGAACAUAACAGCUAGACAUCCCUGGAACAAGCGCGGCGAACAUUCCCAACUCGAUAGAAUCACAAUCACCGGACCCAUGCUUGGUCGUGUGAGUGUGGACGCUUGA